GCUCGCCCCCGUGCAGAGAUUUCCCGCAAGGUAGGCACGCGGGUUGAGUCCGUCGUGCCAGCCCGGGAAGCAACAAGAAGUGUUCGCGACUGCGAAGAUGUACGUGUGAUUUGACUUGUGCACUUCCAGCGUUGACAGUCAUCAGAUUAUAGACCAACCUUCGAGUCAUUUAUAUUGCGAUAUAUAUAAUAUAUAUAGUGGAAGUGGGGGAAUGGUAAAGCGCGGAUCCCCCAGACCACGACACUGUUCAUAAGGAGCGCAGCGCAGAAUGCGAUCACCCAGAAGAGGAGUCAGGAGCCGGCCGUGGGCCUCCCUUCUCAUCGAGGCUGUUCUAAUCGCCACUUUUACUACCAGCUCCGCAAUGACCGCAGUGGGCCAGUGUCCUCGCAGCCUUGACUGUGCUCGGGAAGGGCGUCAUUUCUGUGAGCCUGGCUCCUCCCACUGUGGCCCAUGCCUCUUACCACUCGUGGAGGAUAAUAGAGGGAGAUGCGUGGUCAGGAGACGGAGCCACUUCAAAGUGCCUGAGCUAGAUGAAGAGAUUGACCUCCUCUCGUCUAUCAUAACCAAACACAGAGAGUCUGGCAUGAAACACACAGCGCCCUCUCAGGAUGCCCCUGGGAUUGCAGAGGACAGCUCCCGGCUAAGAAGCCAUCACAGACCUAAAGCAACUGUUGGCUCCGCCCCAGCUCACCCUGUGCCCAGCGCGCUGACCACACUGACCGCCAUGGGUGCCCCCCUUGGCCCUGGUCCCAGUGCACCCAGUUCCCCCAGCCCUGUGGCCUCAGUGGUGCAGGGCGUACCUCUCAUCGUUCCCUACCCGCCUGGGGACCACUCCUUCACAGUUGUGACAGGCUUGUGCCUCAUGCUGGGAUCCGUGGCCUUGGUCUUGGCUGCAGUCUGUUGGGUCAGGAUGCAGAGAGCAACUCGCCUGGCGCAGAAAGCAGACUACUCAGCCUUCGGAGUGCUGAACCACCAUUCCUAUGAUGUUACCUCUUCUGGAGAUAAAACACUGGCUCAGAGUGCUCAGAUGUACCACUAUCAGCAUCAGAAGCAGCAGAUGUUGUCGCUGAAACAAAGAGAUGAGCCCAAGAUCCCAGAAUCAGGAGCCACCUCUGAUGAGGAGAACGAGGAUGGAGACUUCACUGUGUAUGAAUGCCCUGGACUCGCCCCAACCGGGGAGAUGGAGGUGAAGAAUCCUCUGUUCGAUGAUUCCACCCUUCAUCUUCAUCUUAAUCUGCAGAGGAGUUACAACUAAACCAGGACAGUCACGCACAACCACACAGAAGAAACAUCAAUCAGAAACAUCAACUCUCCCCACCCCUGAGUCACCUGCCUGAUCUUUGGACAGCGGUCCCAACCUAGAGGAAAUGAAAAGAGAGCAAGGCGAGACCUGCGUGAACUCUGACCAGUGAAGAGCAGCUUUUCCGGUGGUGUGGGAUUCAGUGCUGGCUGCUUUAUCCUUCCCUGGUGAUUUCUGUCCUCUCAGUCUCCAUCUCGGACCCGCACUCAUGUACUGACUGUUACAUAGUGUGUCUCACAACAGAAUGCAGGAUGCACCACACUGGGUCAUUAAUGUACUGACCUGCCUUUAAUCGCGCGUGCAAAAACACACACACACACACACACACACACUCACACUCACACUCUACAGUGCUUGGUGGCUUCAUUUUCUCAUGAACUGAGCACUUCCUUUAAUUCUCAAAACAUGCGUUUUCCCUUCCAGAGGCCAUUACACACUGCCAUUGUUUGGAAGCGAAGCAGACAUUUGGGGUUUUUUGUUUUUUAGUAGGCAUAUCUAGCAAUGUUUUGUUUUAUUUUCAUUUCUUAUUAUUCUUCUGGAUUUUGCCCAGCAGAGCUUUUAAAAGUCAGCAGUGUAACUGUAGCCUUUUUCAGUAUAAGCGUUUAUCAGUAUAGGACCCUGAGUGCCCCGCCCACCCCAUCACACUGUGGCCAGCACGCCUGUCCACUGUCCCCAGCUUGCCUGCGGAGGCCGGGGGGCGUUGGCAUUCCAGGGAUUUGCCCUGGUCCUGCUCCCAAACUAACCAUGGACUGGUAAGCAAGAGCGCUGCAGGUCCACGUUGUCCUUGUUCUGAGGUUCACAGAGCCGUAACGUUUAGGUAGAGGGAGGGCUGAGGGAGCGGUUUAAAGGCUUUUAAACUUAGAUGUUUGCACUCUGGUCCAUACGCUUAAAGCCUUUCGGAGAGGGAGAGCUCAGAUCUGGAAUCAGUUGUGCAUUUUUAAAUGGACCUGGUUUGGGCAGUAAUGAAGUAUAUAAGCUGAUCAGUGAUCAGGACUUUGGGGUCAGUGUUAACCUGGGGUUCUGCUUCACUAUCAGAUUACUGCUUCAUCCUCUGUCUUUUAUUUAUACAGUAUUGUGAAUACUGUGCAAUGGAAAUUGAACUCAUGCAUAGAAUUACUUGACAAACAUAUCAAACUAAGAAAAUCCUAGAUUUGCUUUUAUAAUAAAAUAUAACUGUUAGAUUUUAAAAUGCCAGCAGCUGUUCACGUGUCAUACAUAAAAUCUAGAAACCGCCCUAAAAACAUGAGUUAUAUUAUUUAAAUAUGAUUUCCACAUAUAUUGUUUCUUUCAGCACAAAUAGUGUUUUUUUUUUUUUAAACGCCAGUUGUGGUUUUAAUAUUUUCAUAAUUGUGCAUAUAUGUAUAACUACAUUAUAUGAUGUAGCCUUCGUAUAGUCUGUAUGGUCCUACUAUGCAUGAUCUGAAGCUGUGGAACGAUAAAGGAAGCCGGUAUGCAUUUAUAGUUCUUACAAACCACUUAACGGGACCUUUAAACAUGUGCCCUGCUGAACUGUGGCUCAAACAUGUCUGACUGACCUCUGCAAACAGGCAACACCAAAAGCGAGAUGUGCACCUCCGUUACAGAUGUGUUGUGUUUUGCUGCAGGGAAGACAAUGUACUGGACUUUGCCAACCCCCUCUGCCAGGUCUCAGCAGUAACUCUCUCUGUGCUUGCUGGUGUGAUGUUGCUCGUGGCUUGAAGUAUUUGCUCCUGUCUGCUGUUACUCAGGAAAGCUGCUCACAGUAGCCAGACUGUUGAGCAGUAUUCUCUGCACCCAAAGUCCCCCUCACAGACCUAGUCAUGACAAUGGCACAUCUAUAGCCAACAUGGAAUGGGAGAACAGUGUUAUACAGCAUGGUGACCAGUUUGUUUGUCUUUUAAAGUCUUUUGGGAAGAAAGAGACUUAAAUUUUUUUUUUUCAGGGCCCACUUUCCCAAAAACAUUGCAGUGUUAAGAUCAUCUUAAAAGACAGAGUGUGUUCAGCGUGAUACUCCACCAUUUAACGGUGAUCUUUAUGUUACGACGCUCUUAGGAAACCUGUCCCUGAUCAGUAAAAGGGAAAGGACUAAUUUACCUUAGUUUAUAUAAGCCUUUUUAAACAAGUCACCUGGCAGUUGUGGAUAAAGUCAUUGCACAGUGUUCUUAAAGUGAUGUAGCAGUAAAUAUAGAGGUUAUGUGACUCAGUAGGACACCUUAAGGGCGGAGACUUUGUCUAAAUACGACUUCUCCAUUCUCCAGCAAGUCCUUUGUCUCCACCAUUUACGGUGGUAUAUACAGGAAUGAAAGGUACGUUACUCAGAAACCUUCACCUACACAAGACAUCGCUGUUUAUGUUGGUCUUGAAUAUACUGAACACUUUUUCAACUAAUGAGAUUGUUUAACAUGCAUGUAAGAAUAGAACAUUAUGGAAAACAAAAUAAAUAAUUAUUAUUUAUAUUGUA